UGUAGAGCUAUGUGCCAAUGGGAAAAGCUAUGAUAUUAGACCAAGGAAAGAAGCUCACGUUAUUCCUGGAGCUGGUCUCGCAGCGAAUACAGAAGCUCUUUUAGGGAAAUGUCUGAAAAUGGCGCAGUGGAGGUAGAAAUUACAACAUCGUAUGUCGAAGAUAGGAAAGCCGCGGAACAAAUAGAUCCCUCGUCAACACCACCAGAACCAAAAAGACGUUUCGUGCUGGUUUCUCGAAAAAUUGUCUCAAAAGAGGUACCAUCUGCCGGCCCUACGUGCAGCAAUGAUCCACGAUUGAAUUAUGCGAGUACUAGAAAGCUUCCGAUCAAAAUCAGCCAUCGUUUGUGCCAGAUUUGCCGAACCAUUAAACCUAUUGCUGAUAUUUCGAUGAUGACCGAUGAAAAUGAAAAGCUAUUCAUUCUUUUGGCAGCAAUCUUUCAGAGGAAACUGUUCGUGGAAGAGUGCACUCGUAUCUACAAACAACCAGCCGUAUAUACAUGCAGUUCCCAUUAUUCGGAGGCGUCGACAGCGAUUUUGAAUAUGUUCGGUGUGGGCGGCGCUUUAAGAAUAUUCCGAGCCCGUCCGAGAAAAGUGUCUCAAGUCGAAAAGUUCGCGAGUCAUUUGAUGGGAAAACAGUUUGAGGAGGAUAAGCUUAUUCAUUCAGCUUACAUGUUUGUUCUAAACCAUCCAGAAGCCGGGGCUGUGACCGGUCCAAUAAUAAAAGAAGAGGAUAUUCCAUUUGAAGAGACUGUCGAGUGUUCAUCCACGACUGCUGUGAAUGGAAUUUUACCUAAAUGUUUCCGACAGCCGAGAAAACAGAAACUUGAAGAAGAUUCGUGUUCAUCUUCAAUUCUUCGAAUUAUCAAGAAAACCACACCCAGUCUUCCAAAUAGAUCAUAUACAAUGAUUAACCAAAACAUGGAACAUCCACUACAAUGCUGCUACUGCUUGGAAGUGUACGAAAAGCGAUACAUGACGCAAGUUCCAAAAACCGAGCAACGAAUUGCCAGAUGGGUGGCAAUAUUAGGAGAACAAUUCCGUAUACGUCUUCGAAUGAAACCUGCAAAUUACAUGUGUCGAAAACAUUUCCCGCAAGCGGAUUUCAGUUCUCGUGGACGACUUCUUAAAACAGCUGUUCCAAAUGUUGUUUCCCAGGAGAAAGUACUGGCAUUCAAGCUUGAAGGAAACACGUUCGUUGAAGUCAAAGAAGACAAUACGAAUAUCAAAAUGGAAAAGGGAACGGACUCGGAAAUAGAUAUAGAAAAUUAGAGCCAAGCUCGCAUUGUUUUGUUGUUAUUUGUUUUUAGAUUCUCGUGUUUUGUUUUUUUGUAAUAAACUUUAUUUUCAGAUUUUCAUAA